GCUACGGAGGCCGGGUGGCCAGAAGAGGGAAAGUGCUUAAGAAACACGUGAAGUGGAAUAAUAUGAGCUGCAGUUAUAUAGAAUCUGCAAGAAGACCCUCGGGGGAAUUGUCUGAAGAAAAGAAGAAUAUUUAGACUCUUCAAGUUCUUCCUUUACACAGCUGUUAAAUCCAAGACAACUGUGGUGAAAGCAUGAAUAAAUAUACAUCUGCUGCAGGAUCAUCCAGCCUACUUGAAAAGGAUCCUGCCUUUCAAGUGAUUACAGUUACUAAGGAAACAGGCCUGGGUUUAAAGAUCCUAGGUGGAAUUAACAGGAAUGAAGGCCCAUUGGUAUAUAUUGAGGAAGUCGUUCCUGGAGGCGACUGUUACAAGGAUGGACGUUUGAAGCCAGGAGAUCAACUUGUCUCAGUAAACAAGGAAUCUAUGAUUGGUGUAUCAUUUGAAGAAGCAAAAAGCAUAAUUACCAGAGCCAAGUUGAGGUCAGAAUCUCCUUGGCAGAUAGCAUUUAUCAGACAAAAAUCUUACAGUGGCCAUCCAGGAAAUGUUUGCUGUCCAUCCCCAUUACAAGCUUCAGAAGACUGUGGACCUCAAACCUCAGCAUUUAAUCUUCUUUCCCCUCCCCCCGAAGCAUUAGUUCCAAAGACUUCAUCCACUCCCAAGACUCAGAACCCCAUUUUACCUUCUUUUAAAGAAAUUCAGACAAAACAUGGAUACAAUAAAACAGAACAUACUCCAAUUACUUCUUUGGACAACAGCCCUACAGACGCAUCCAGUUCAGAUGUUGCUCCUGCCUGGACUGAUGAUGAUUCUGGACCACAAGGAAAGAAGAUUUCCCUAAAUCCUUCUGUUCGCCUGAAGGCAGAGAAACUGGAAAUGGCUCUCAAUUACCUCGGUAUUCAGCCAACAAAGGAACAACAUGAAGCCCUGAGACAGCAAGUCCAGGCCGACUCAAAGGGGACAGUAUCUUUUGGAGACUUUGUCCAGGUUGCCAGAAAUUUGUUUUGCUUGCAUUUGGAUGAAGUAAAUGUUGGUGUCCAUGAAAUCUCCAGUAUCUUGGACUCACAGCUUCUUCCCUGUGAUUCUCUAGAAGCAGAUGAAGUGGGAAAACUUAAACAAGAGAGAGAUGCUGCUCGGGAGGAACUGCAUGCGCUUAAGGAGAAAUUACUUGAAUCAGAGAAACAUAGGCAACAGCUAACGGAAGAGCUACAGACUGUGAAACAGGAAGCCAAAGCUGUCGCUGAGGAAACACGAGCUCUGCGAAGCCGGAUCCAUCUUGCUGAGGCUGCACAGAGGCAGGCGCAUGGCAUGGAAAUGGACUAUGAGGAAGUGAUCCAUCUGCUGGAGGCUGAGAUCGCCGAGCUAAAGGCUCAGCUUGCUGAUUAUUCUGAGCAAAAUAAAGAAAGUGUCCAGGACUUGAGAAAGAGGGUCACAGUUCUUGACUGCCAAUUGCGAAAAUCUGAAAUGGCUCGGAAAACCUUUAAGGCAUCUACUGAAAGGCUCCUUCAUUUUGUCGAGGCUGUGCAGGAAGUGCUUCUGGAUAGUUCUGGUCCUUUCUCGAAUCUAAGUAACAGAAGAGUUGUGAUGCCAUCGCAGACUUCGCUCCCGCUGCUGGGAAGGAACGGACGCAACGUCCCAGCAGCCCUGCUUCUGGAAUCCAAGGAGCUCGCUAGAGCUGUUCGUGCCAUACUUGAUAUGGACUGCUUACCUUACGGGUGGGAGGAAGCUUACACAGCAGAUGGAAUCAAGUACUUCAUCAACCAUGUAACACAGACCACGUCCUGGAUCCACCCCAUGGUGAGUGUCCUGAACCUGUCCUGCUCAGAGGAGAACGAAGAGGACUGUCCCAGAGAGCUAACAGACCAGAAAAGCUGAUGCCUUACCUUCAUGGGAAGUGAUGCUUCAGAGUUUCCGGUUUUUCAGUCCAUGUGCACAACCAGAGACGAGACAUCACAGCCUGAGAAACUGGAAUCUCGCACAUUCUACCGGACGGGGUGUCAGGUUGAAACUGUGGUUUUCUAUACACAUGUUAAAGAUCAACUGCCACUAUGGUUCUUUGGAAAGAAUUUAGUUGCAUUUGUUAAAGUCAUGUAUAAUUAGAUUUUAUAUGCAUGCAACUUUUCAUAUAUAAUUAGGUCUAUAGAACUUAGUAUGUAGUUCAUUAUUUGGUAUUAGAUGCAGUGGUUUUUAUAUCAAAACUUUAUACUAAAAAGCUAUAUGAGCAUAGGAAAGUCCUUUUGUCUGAGGAUCCCCCUCUCUAAUCACAGCUUAGGAAAGUGAUCUGAGAACACUUAGGGAGGGUGCUAUACGGUUACCCCACUAGCUGCUGAACACAACUAUUUUAUUAUUUGUAUUUUAUCUGUAUCUCAUAGGACACAAUCUAACUUACAUCACUAGGAGACUUCUAUCAUUUACAAAACGUUUUCGAACCUCAUUUUAGUUAAACCAAACAGGAUGGCUACAGGGCUGAUCUGUUGUUUUCAUUCAUGGCUUCCGCUGGAGAAACAGUGAUUAGAGACACAGAGCGUCCUGACCCAGGGCUGAGCCUCAUACCUCAUCUCCUGAUUCCAUGUCCAGUCCCCUUUGCCCUGCUCCCACUGUCCUCCCAGAGGGAGCCUGCAGCCCAGCAGAGCACCUUCAUUCUGUUGAUGCAGCUGGGCCCACAGCUGUGCAUUCCACAGCAAUCUAGAGGACACCCCACACUCAACCAUGGCCUCUUCGUAACCCCACUCUUCUCCUUCUGUGCCCCCCAUCACCCCUGGACCCCCACCGACUGCUCUGUGACCUCCCAGCAGGCUUUGUCCCACAGCUCAUAUUUUCUAUAAUAAAGAUCCUGGAUCAUGCCAGUGGUUUGCCAUGCUUGGGUACCAUGGCCAGUAGGAGCAUCUAAGGAGAGCCCAUAGAAGUAAAGGUAUCUCUUAUAAUACUGCCCAAGCUGCUUGUAACAGAACGAAGGCCUGAAGCCAAUUAAAGCAGGCCAGCAUUGCUUAGGCAAGCCUAGCGCUCCCGAGAACACAGUGUAAGAGUCUCCAUGUAAAGGCACUUCAUAAGUGAGUUAGCACCUGUGCCAGCAUCUGUCACUAGCUCCUAAGCUUUCCACUGAGUUUUACCUGGCAUAUGGAGUCUACAUGGAGAACACACCUGGGCAUUGUGCUCACUCAUGCCUCUCCGCAUACAUUACAGACUUAGGAUUUCAGCUGAAUUCACUUAGGAUUCCUACUUUAUGUCUUGAGGACAAACAUAAAGUCAGUCAAAUACAGACUGACAAGGAGUCAUUAGCCUUGAGAAAGACAGAACACCUGGAGCAAAUGUGCCUCUGUCCUCACAGCUGUCUGGACGCUAGGAUACUUCAGAGAGGAUUGUUUUGAGCAGCCCCAGAGGGAGCUUUUUCCUCUGUCCCCAGGAGGUGAAUGGGCGCUCACACCCCUUUCUAAGAGAGCAUCUGUGUUGUGAAAGGCAGAUUCCUUUCAGGAGAUUCCCCUGCCCCACUGAAGGGCUUGCUCCCCUGUUUGUAAGGGAAGCUCAGAUGGGAUCGUGAAGCCUGCAGUCUCUAGUCCAUAUGUGUUCAUGUGUGUGUGGCACUCACCACCUUUCUGCCGCUUGUACCGUUCCCUCUCUGUUUCUGUCAAAUGCAUAACCAAAAGACCGAUAAAACUCACAGUGCUGUUUCCUGAGGACUCUACACUGCAGUGUGCAGUGAGCACGUCUUACUUACUAGCUUCUUUUAGGAGUUACUUCUCCCAGUACAUCUCCCUUAUCUCAACCCAGGAGGCAAGAACCAUAGUGAUCCCCUUUUGUGCAGAAGCCUAGGGUUAGAGGGAAGUGGUUGUUGCCCAUGGAUCGCACCGUGCCCAUGCCUUGAUACUGGACCUCGAGGCAAGUCUUUGAUGCCAGGGCUUCUUUAAACCAGAGGGCAAAACUGCUUGGAUUUAGUCAGCUCUGCAAGGCUCCAGAACUCAAUCCUAAGGGACUUCCUGGUUUGUUAGAAAAGAAUUCCAUAGGUAAAAAUAGCACUCCAGCAGGUUCUGGUGCAUCUGAGCUUCUCAUAGGAACAUAGCUAAGGAGGUUCAGCCUCCGAAUCAGCUGAGUCAGGUGACCACUCAUUGAGAUUCCCUUUUUAGUAUCCAUGUUGUCCAGAAGGCAGGUAAGAGACGGAUGCUCAGAGAAUCUCAAGAGGGCUCAGUACAGAUGUGUUUCUGGUCCAGAUAGAACCCUGAAUUGCUUUUUGGGAAGUUGAUAUUCUAUGACUUAAAUUAGCUCUAUCAUUGUGGUCAUCCAUUGGAAAUGCUUCUCCUCUGACUCGCCCACUCAGAUUCUGGGCCUUAGGAACUAAAUAUGAUUGCAUCCCUCCCAGUGCAUGUUUUAGUGGAUUGGCCGUCAGUUCUGCUGCAAGUCUUGCUUUCCUAGAGUGACAAGGGAAGGCCUGGCUGUCCUCACUCAUUUGUUCCCUCAGAAUGCUCAUUAGCCUCCAGCAACGUGACCAGCACUCUGGGCACCAGGGCAAAGUAGGGCAACAGCUAACCAUUCCUUGGGCUGUUUUAAAAAUAAAAUGAUCUUGAAAGUCAGAAUUAUAGUUACUUUUUAACUUCUGAAUUUUAAAAGUAAUUAUUUUCCUUUCAAAAAAAUGAAAGUACUGCAGAAAUAAAUUAAGCUACAUAAAUAGUCCAUUUCAGUUUCUGGAAGCUGCCAUUCCCCAAUACUUCAGUGAAGAUUUUCCCUCAAGGGCAAGCAUGCACCCCUUUAAAGGGUUGGUAUGUUGUGGUCAUCUUUUAUAGCAAAUAGGCAUUUCUGUUGUCUUCCAAACGUCUGCACAAACUCCUGCCCCUCAGAAUACUCAUUGUCUGUGUGCUCAGCAACUCAUUAAUGGAAGCUUAGGCUGCUUUAAGUUCCUUCCGGUAACAGUGUCACAGUGAGCGUUUGGGUAUUCGUUAAAACCCCGCACUCAAACACUGCUGUCUCUGGUGUGGAGACUUUUGUGAGUGAGCCACUGUGACAGAGUACAGUCAAGAGUUUUGUCACUGACAGGAGAGCCUGCCCAUCCCUACCUAGAAACGUGGGUGUUUUAAUCGCUAGGUGUUAGCGUUUCUCUAGCAUCAGAGACUGGCUUGCUGUGAUAGGAGAGGCUGGCAGGGAACAAGCCAGUGUUUCAAACACAUGGCUGCUCCCAUUGUUUUCCACUGUGAUUUCAUCAUAGAAUGAUGACGAGAAACGGCUUCUACACUAGCAGAGAGAAUGCUCUCUUACACAUACAGUACAGGAGCCUCCACGUCUCCAUCUGUGGGACAGCAGCAAUACUUCCUCAUGCCCUGACUGGUCAACUCAGCACACACCACCCAAGCACCUACUGGACGCCCGGUCAUCCAAGGUGUUAGGAUCGUUCUGGGUAGCCCAGAUUCCCAAAUCAAAGACCUCAAUAUCCUGAUAUUUGCAUGUAUGGACACACAUACACACACUACUGAUUUGUUUUUCCAUAUAGGGUAAGAAGUAAGGAAUUUGUUUCCUAAGAAACCCUUAAAUUUGAAUAAUUCUGGAAAAUGUCGAGCUCCCCCCACCUCCCGGCUAGGAAAGGGUAAGAAGGAACAUGCUGGAAGAGGCUCUCCAAUAACAAAUGAAAGGCAGCUGUCAAAAUAGAGAAUGAAAUAGCACACACAUAAAGUGCUUGCAUAAUCAGAAAAUAUUAUCCUUUUGCUAGGGAGAAAUGGGACAUUUCUCGAUGGUAAGCAAAAUGUAACUUUUUGAAGGGUCAACACACUUGACAUUUUUUAUGAUACUUAAACAGAAAGAACUGAACAAACAAUACAAGCUUUCACAGUCUUGUGUAUCAUUUUCAAGAUGAUGAAAAGCCCAGAAAUCGCCUGUGGAAUUUAAAGAAUGAAACAGAAUAGGCCUGUGGAGCAUCACUGUAGAAAUGUUAUACCCGAGAUGUCUUAGACAUAGCUGU